AUGCCGCUGCCCUUCUCGGAUGUAUUCCUCCCCCGGCCAGCUAGCGAGAAACAUCGCCGGGAGCCGGGACUUUUUAAGGCAGCCGAUCCAGGUGACUUGUGCUACUCGCAGAGAGGCCCCCGCACCAGGAAGCUGAAGAAGAAGAAGACGGAGAAGGAGGACAAGCGGCCGCGGACGGCGUUCACGGCCGAGCAGCUGCAGCGGCUGAAGGCGGAGUUCCAGGCGAACCGGUACAUCACGGAGCAGCGGCGGCAGAGCCUGGCCCAGGAGCUCAGCCUCAACGAGUCCCAGAUCAAGAUCUGGUUCCAGAACAAACGAGCCAAGAUCAAGAAGGCGACGGGCAUCAAGAACGGGCUGGCGCUGCACCUCAUGGCCCAGGGACUCUACAACCACUCCACCACCACCGUGCAGGACAAAGAGGAGAGCGAGUGA